AUGUGGACGUACAGUUGGAGGCCAGCGAGUCGACUCGUGUCAGGCUCAAUUCCCACGAAAGUCGUAGCGAAAAGGACUUCAUCUUUCCUUGGAAACUUACCCCGAGUCGGAGGUGGUGUAUCGAAGUUUGCGAAGAAGAAAGCUCCAGCAAAGUUGGAAGUGCCUAAACCACAAGAGAAAGUGUCUAAAGGUAAUGCUCAGCAAAAUGUCACGACAAAUAGUGCUCGUAAGAAUGUCCCUCAGAGUGGGAACAGUGCCGACACUACAGACACUGCCGCUCCAGUCAGCUCAGGGAACAGAUUUGCCAAACAGUACAGUAAUUCCAACAAUAACCAAAGAAAUGGCAAUAGUCUGAAUAAUAAUAAUAAUAAUAAUAAUAAUAAUAAUAAUAAUAAUAAUAAUAAUCGAAACAAUCACAACAACCGAUUCGCCAGAAGUGCAGAAUUGUCUGAAACUCAGCAAAUCAACCGGUAUGAAGCAUUAAAGAAAGCCGUUGACAAAUCCACCGGUAAUGUCAGUAACAAUAAGCCAAAGACUUCCUUCAAUAAUAAACGGAAAACUCCCAAGAAGCCUCGCGCAUUAGUUAAACUUCAAUUACCCCCCUUCAUCACUGUGUCUAAUUUAGCAUCAUUAAUGCAUGUGCAAUUAAAUGACGUAUUUAAAAAACUUGAAGGAUUAGGAUUUGAAGAUAUCAGACAUAAUUAUAUUCUUGAAAAGGAAAAUGCCUCAUUAAUUGCUGACGAAUAUGGAUUUGAAGUGAUUAUUAAUGAAGAUUAUAAGGAAGACUUAUUUCCCGACAUUGAAAAACCAGAAUUAUUAAAAGAACGUCCACCAGUAGUAACUAUUAUGGGACAUGUAGAUCAUGGUAAGACGACAAUUUUAGAUUAUUUAAGAAAAUCUUCGAUUGUCGAUAAAGAAUUUGGAGGUAUAACUCAACAUAUCGGAGCAUUUUCAGUUAUAACUCCUAUAUCUAAAAAGAAAAUUACUUUCUUAGAUACUCCUGGUCAUGCGGCCUUUUUGAAAAUGAGAGAAAGAGGAGCUAUUAUAACUGAUAUUGUAAUUUUAGUUGUGGCAGCUGAUGAUUCAGUUAUGCCUCAAACUAUCGAAGCUAUUAAACAUGCGAAGAAAUCAGGAGUACCUAUGAUUGUUGCCAUUAAUAAAUGUGAUAAAUAUGGGGUUGAUACUGAUAAAGUAUUGGCUGAUUUAUCGUCACAAGAUAUUGAUAUAGAAGAUUAUGGAGGAGAAACUCAAACAGUUAAAGUAUCAGGUAAAACCGGUUUAAAUAUGGAUAAAUUAGAAGAAGCUGUUAUUACUUUAAGUGAAAUGAGUGAUUUUAAAGCUGAACCAAAUGGAAUUAGAAGUGAAGGUUGGAUAAUUGAAUCUCAAGUAGUUAAAGGUAUGGGGAAUGUUGCAACUGUAUUAGUUCGUCGUGGAUCAGUUAAAACUGGAGAUUUCUUAGUAGCUGGUCAUACCUUUUGUAAAGUUAGAGGUAUGAAAGAUGAACAUGGUAAACCAGUUAAAGUUGCUGGUCCUUCAACUCCUGUACAAAUAUGGGGGUGGAAAGAUUUACCUGAAAGUGGAGAUCAAUUACUUCAAGCUGAAAGUGAACAAGUGGCUAAAAGAGUUAUUGAUAGUCGUAUAAAUAGACAAAAGGAAAUUCAAGCAGCAAGAGAUGUUGAAACAAUUAAUCAAAAGAGACAAGAAGAAAUUGAAGAAAAUAAACGAUUAGAAAAGAUUAAUACUUUAAAGAUGGCAGGACUUGAUGCUAGUGUAUUAGAACAUGAAAAUGAAAAGAAUGAACCUAAAGCUAUAGAAGUUAGAUAUAUGAUUAAAUCUGAUGUCUUUGGAUCAGCAGAAGCUAUUAAAGAAAGUAUUAAUGAAUUAGGUAAUGAAGAAGUUAAAUCAAUUGUUAUAUCUCAUGGAGCUGGAGCCCCUACUGAAACUGAUAUUGAAUUAGCUAAAACUUUAAAUGCUACUAUCUUUUGUUUUAAUAUUAAAGUUCCUAAACCAAUUGCUAUGAAAGCAGAUAAAGAUAAGGUUAAUAUUAAAGAACAUAAUAUUAUUUAUCGAUUAAUUGAAGAUGUUACAGAAGAAUUACAAAGUCAUUUAAAGCCUCGAAUUGAAACUAAAGUCGUAGGAGAAGUAGAUAUUAAAGAAAUAUUUACUGUUACAAUUAAAAAAUCCAAAUCAAAGAUUGCUGGAUCUAAAGUAUCUACGGGGAUGAUUAAAAAGACUUCUAAGAUUAGAGUACUUAGAAAAGAUGAAGUUGUUUACGAAGGAACUUUAUCAUCAUUAAAACAUAUUAAGGAUGAUAUUAAUGAAGCAAGAAAGGGAGCUGAGUGUGGUAUAUCAUUUGAUAAAUGGGAGCUGUUUGAAGUGGGGGAUGUUAUUCAAGCAUAUGAAGAGAUUGAGCAUAAGAGAUUCUUGUAGAUAGUGUAGAUAGUGAGUAAAUAAAUGUUGUAUAUAGAUAGAGGGGUAUUGUAGACAGUAGUGAGAGGAGGAUAGAGAGCAGUAGAGAGCAAUAGAGCAAUAUAGCAGUAGAGAGCAGUAUAGUAGACGGUAGAGAAUAGACGGUAGAGAAUACAGUGCAGUAGAAAAUAGACAGUAAACAAGACAGGAGAAGACAGAGAAGACAGAGAAGACAGAGAAGAAAGUACUGUAGAAGCAGGUACACUUAAACUUCAACUCUUAACUAUGACUAUAUGUAGUACUACUGUAUAUGAC